AUGCACAAGCCCAUGGAGAAGUCCCAAAACUUUCGCAUCGAGGCGCUCCUGGCUGAAGAGCCGUCCCGGAGCGCCUCUCCGCCGGGACUGAGCCCCGGGAGCCCCGCGGGGAGCCCCGGCCCCGCCGGGCGCACCGAGACCCCCUCUCCGCGGGCGCCCCGGGGAGCCACGCCGCUGGCCCCGGCCGGCUUCGUCCCCAAGCCCGGCUUGUUGCACCUGCCUGGCCCUGGACUCGGCUCCCUGCCGGCCCUCUAUCCACCCGCCGUGUACCCACUCCCGGCCCUGGGGGGCCAGCACCCAACUUUCGCCUACACCAGCUUCCCCCACCUGCCGCCGCCUGGUUCGGAGCAUCUGAAGGCGGCCGUGGCCAGUUCUUUCCCGCUGGAGCACUGGAUCCGAGCCGGGGUGUUGGUACCGAGGCUCUCCGACUUCCACGCCGCCCCGCAGUCCGGCUUGAUGGGGAAAUGCCGCCGGCCGCGCACGGCCUUCACCAGCCAGCAGCUCCUGGAGCUGGAGAACCAGUUCAAGCUCAACAAGUACCUGUCCCGGCCCAAGCGCUUCGAGGUGGCCACGUCGCUGAUGCUCACCGAGACGCAGGUGAAGAUCUGGUUCCAGAACCGCCGCAUGAAGUGGAAGCGGAGCCGCAAGGCCAAGGAGCAGGUGGCACAAGCGGAGGCCGAGAAGCAGCGGGGGCUCGGCAAGGGCUGCGAGAAGCUGCUGCCCGUGGAGGCGCGGGGCCAGGCGGGCGAGGGCCCCGCGUUCGUGGGGCGCAGCGCCUGCCCCGGCUUCCUGCGCUGCGGCGGCGCCGAGCUGCGCUACAGCCCCGACUCCUCCUGCUCGGGCGGCGAGGAGGACGAGGAAGAGGAGGAGGAGGAGAUGGGCGCCGCCGAGGCGAAGAUCGGCUCCGUGUUGUGA